UGUCUGAGAAGUACUUUGCUGACCACUGAGAACAUCAUGAGCUCAAGCUGUUGGAAUGAGAACAGCAGCAGUAGCUGUGGGACUCAGCAGCCCCCAGAGGUGCCGCAGUGCCAAACCCAGCAUUACCACUGCCACCAUCAGUCAAGCCAAACCCAGCACCUUCCAGAAAAAAAUGUAGUGUAUGAGAGAGUGAGAACCUACAGUGGGCCCAUGAACAAGGUGGUUCAGGCCUUGGACCCCAUCAACUCACAGGAAGUGCUCUCCCCUCUCAAAACUGCCUCCUCCUACCAAAAUUUGGUUUGGAGCAACCAUUCUCAGGAACUCCAUUCUCCAACAGUGAAAGUCACUGCAUAUCCACAGACUACUAUUAGGAGAUACAUAGUACAAAAUCCUGAACAGGAACCACUUUCUCCAUUCCUAAGAGGAGGCCAUUUCUUCCCAGGAAACAAUGUUAUUUAUGAAAAAACAAUAAGAAAAGUAGAGAAGCUAAAUAUGGAUCAGGAAUGCUAUCCACAGGUUCAAUGCCAUCAUCACAUUGUCCAACAGCCCCAGAUCAUCCACUCUCCACACUGCCAACAAUCCCAGUCUAGCCAACAAAUCCAAAUCAUCACGGGAACUGAUUCAAUUUCUACAAACACUGGAAAUGAGUUGUACCAUGGUGGAUUAAGCCAUAUACAUGACCAGGUGAUAACUGAAGAUGAUUGCCCUGCAAAAUUGGACCCCAAAUAUUUUGGAGAGUUACUUGCUGAUCUAAGCCGUAAAAAUACAGAUCUAUAUCACUGCUUAUUAGAACAUUUGCAGAGAAUUGGAGGAAGCAAAGAGGACUUUGAGUCUACAGAUGAGUCAGAAGACAUUGAAUCAUUGAUUCCCAGAGGAUUGUCAGAGUUUACAAAACAGCAAAUUCGCUAUAUUCUGCAGAUGAGGGGUAUGUCUGAUAAAUCACUCCGGCUAGUGCUGUCCACCUUCAGCAACAUACGGGAAGAGCUUGGACAUCUUCAAAAUGACUUGACAGCACUGGAAAAUGACAAGAUAAGACUUGAGAAAGACUUGGCAUUCAAAGAAACUCAAAUAAAAGAGUAUGAAGAACUCUUGGCAUCAGUGAGAGCAAAUAAUCGCCAGCAGCAGCAAGGACUUCAAGACUCAACCUCAAAAUGCCAAGCAUUGGAAGAAAACAAUCUCUCUCUUCGAUAUACAUUAUCAGACAUGGAAUACAAACUAAAAGAACUGGACUACUGUAAGCGUAAUUUAGAACAAGAGAAUAAAAAUAUCAGAAUACAGGUUUCUGAGACUUGCAUAGGCCCGAUGCUGCAGGUGAAAAUGGAUGAGAUUGGCAAUCAUUACAUGGAGAUGGUAAAAAACUUACGAAUGGAGAAAGAUAGAGAGAUCUGCAAGUUAAGGACUCAAUUAAAUCAGUACCAAAAAGAUGUUUCAAGAAGAGAAGGAACUUGCAGUGACUUCCAAUUCAAGCUUCAUGAACUGACAAGCUUGCUGGAAGAGAAGGACUCUCUUAUAAAACGUCAGUCAGAGGAACUCUCAAAAUUGAGACAAGAAAUGUAUUCAUCUCAUAACCAACCCUCCAGUGGUGGAAAGACUACUAUUAUCAAAAAAAAGUACAGGACACAAUAUCCAAUCCUAGGACUCCUUUAUGAUGACUAUGAAUAUAUACCACCAGGUAGUGACACACAGACUAUUGUGAUUGAGAAAACAGAAGACAAAUGGACUUGUGUAAGUUCACUUGGGUAUUUAUAG